AUGUCGAAACCAUCGACAAAAGCUCCGUUGACCGACAAAGAUCGUCGCAAGCAAAUCUCCAUUCGUGGCCUUCCGCUACUCGAAAAUGUCGCAUCCGUGAAAAAAACUUUCAAUCGUCAUCUACACUUUACCAUCGUCAAAGAUCGCAAUGUAGCUACGAAUCGUGAUUACUUUUUAUCGAUAGCUUAUACCGUUCGAGAUCAUCUUGUUGGCCGAUGGAUUCGUACUCAACAACAUUAUUAUGAUAGUGAUCCAAAACGUGUUUAUUAUUUAUCAUUAGAAUACUACAUGGGACGAUCGUUAUCGAAUAUGAUGAUCAAUUUGGGCAUCGAAUCGGAAUUAGAUGAAGCUUUAUAUGAACUUGGUUUAGCAAUUGAAGAUUUGGAAGAAUUUGAAGAGGAUGCUGGCUUAGGUAAUGGUGGUCUUGGUCGACUUGCUGCUUGCUUUCUUGACUCCAUGGCCACACUUGGCAUUGCUGGUUAUGGUUAUGGUCUACGAUACGAAUUUGGUAUUUUCCAACAAACCAUUAAAGACGGUUUUCAAUGCGAAGAACCUGAUGAUUGGUUACGUUAUGGAAAUCCAUGGGAAAUACCUCGACCAGAGUAUCAAAUUCCAGUUAACCUUUACGGCCGUGUUAUUCAACAGAACGGAAAAUCCAAAUGGGUUGACACAAAAGUUAUCAUGGCCAUGCCUUAUGAUACUCCUGUUCCAGGUUUUAAUAACAACGUUGUCAAUACACUUCGACUAUGGAGUGCCAAAGCACCACAAAAAUUCAACUUUCAAUUCUUUAAUGAUGGAGAUUAUCUUAACGCAGUUAGCGAACAAAGCUUAGCUGAAAAUGUAACUCGUGUCUUAUAUCCCAAUGAUAACUACAUGCAAGGCAAAGAACUUCGUUUGAAACAAGAAUAUUUUCUUGUCGCUGCUACACUUUCGGAUAUUAUUCGUCGUUAUAAACAUUCGAAAUUCGGCGUCUCGUCAUCAACGCGCGAUGAUUUUAAUACAUUUCCCGAUAAAGUCGCAAUUCAAUUGAAUGAUACACAUCCAGCAUUAACUGUUGCUGAAUUGAUGCGUUUAUUAGUCGACAUUGAAGGUUUAAAAUGGGAAACUGCCUGGGAUGUCACAAAACGUGCAUGUGCCUAUACUAACCAUACAUUGAUGCCUGAAGCUGUAGAACGAUGGUCAGUUGGCUUAUUAGAACAUGUUUUACCACGACAUUUACAAAUCAUUUACGAAAUUAAUUUACGUCAUCUUCAAGAAGUUGCUGCACGCUAUCCUGGUGAUAACGAUCGUAUUCGAAAUUUAUCAAUUGUCGAAGAAGGUGAUGAUAAACGUAUCAAUAUGGCUUACUUGGCUAUUGUGGGUUCACACGCAGUUAAUGGCGUAGCUCAAAUUCAUUCGGAACUUUUGAAGACAACUCUUUUUAAAUCGUUCUAUGAAUUAACACCUGAAAAAUUUCAAAACAAAACCAACGGAAUUACUCCGCGUCGUUGGUUAGUUCUAAGCAAUCCAAAUUUAAGUGAUGCGAUCGCUGAAAAAAUCGGUGAAGAUUGGAUCACGAAACUCGAUGAUCUCAAACGUUUGAGAGAAUUUGUCAAUAACGAAGCAUUUAUUCGCGACAUUCAACAAGUUAAACAAGAAAAUAAACAUCGACUAGCAGAAUGGCUCUUGAAAACACAACACCAACAAAUCAAUCCCAUGUCUAUCUAUGACAUGCAAGUCAAACGUAUACAUGAAUAUAAACGACAAUUGUUAAAUAUUUUACAUGUUGUUACAUUAUACAAUCGAAUCAAAGCACAUCCAAAUGGUAAAUACGUUCCGCGUACAGUGAUGAUUGGUGGAAAGGCUGCACCAGGUUAUCAUAUGGCCAAGAAAAUUAUUAAACUAAUAAACAGCGUGGGCAAAGUAAUAAACAACGAUCCAGUGAUCGGCGAUCGUCUUAAAGUGGUCUUUCUUGAAAAUUAUCGUGUGACCAUGGCAGAAGAAAUCAUUCCUGCUGCCGAUUUGUCCGAGCAAAUCUCGCUUGCUGGCAUGGAAGCAAGUGGUACAUCGAACAUGAAAUUUAUGUUGAACGGUGCGAUGACGAUCUGUACAUUGGACGGAGCCAACGUAGAAAUGGCUGAAGAAGUUGGCAACGAGAAUAUCUUCAUCUUCGGUAUGACUGUUGAAGAAGUCGAAAAGCGCAGAAGCGAAGGAUAUCGUCCAAAAGAAUUCUAUGAAAAGAAUGCUGAACUCAAGCAAGCACUUGAUCAAAUUCGCGAUGGCUUUUUCUCGCCUGAGAAUCCCGAUUUAUUUCAUGAUGUCGUGGACAGUUUACUAAACGACCAUGGCGAUCAUUACAUGCUUUUAGCUGAUUAUGAAAGCUAUGUCAAAUGUCAAGAACGUGUCAGUGAACUGUUUAAAGAUCCCAUUGCUUGGACAAAGAAAUGUCUUUUAAAUAUCGCCGCAUCAGGUAAAUUUUCCAGUGAUCGUACAAUCGCUGAAUACGCACGUGAUAUCUGGGGUGUUGUGCCAACACUUCAACCAUUACCUCAUCCACAUGAAGGUCGUCCUGGAACGAAAAAUGAAGGUGAAGCUACUCAUGGUUCGUCUGCUUCACUCAACGAACAAGGAAAAAAAUAG